UGGCGUGUGCUUGGCGUGUGCUUGGCGUGUGCUCGCCCCCCCCCCCCCAGCCGCCCCACGCCAUGGCCGCGCUGCCCGGCGGCGACGGGGCCCAGAAGGAGCCGGCGCCGGGCUCCAACCCGGCCAGCGAGGCGGAGCCGCCGGAGCAGGCCGGCUUCUUCGCGCUGCUCAGCUCGGUGCAGGGCAGCCGCCUGGAGCAGCAGCGCUGCAGCCUGCCGCCGGCGCCCGCGGACGGCGCGGAGGCGCUGCUGGAGCUGCUGGCGCAGAGCCAGGCGCGGCGCAUGGACGAUCAGCGCCUGCCCGUGGCGCAGCUGCCCGGCUUCCCCCCGCCCAAGGAAGUGAGUGCCCCGGAGCGAGGAGCCCGGGUGCCACGGAGGCCCCGGCGCUGCCGUCCCCAGCAUCGAUGUCCCCAGGGUCCCCGCUGUCCCCAGGUGCCCCCGGCGCCCGUCACCCCCCCACAAUAA